CCGGCCCGCGCCCCGCUGCGCCGCGCGUCAGUCGCCGCUCGAGCCAGCAUGGAGCAGCUCAUCGCCGCCGUGCGCAACUACCCCUGCCUGUGGAACACCACAGCCAUAGAAUAUCGCGACCAAGAGCUAAAGGACGCCGCCUGGGCCGAGGUCAUGAAGGAAACUAGUCUAUCAUCAGUAAAAGAAGUAAAACUAAAAUGGAAAAAGCUCCGCGACUCUUACCGAGAUGCGCUAAAACGGCAAUCGGAGAUGAUGUCCCGCGAGCCCUCGGCCCGCAAGAACUACCCCUGGAAGUACAUGCAGCACAUGACCUUCCUCCAGCCGCACAUGUCGGCGAGGAAGAAGCCCGAGGAGCCUCCGCCGCCGGUGCAGAACGGGCACGAGGACCAUGAGGAGCAGGAGGAGCGGAACGGGCACACGGGGUCCAGUGAAGAGUCGGAGACAGAGGAUGAGGAGCCGAAGAGGAAGUCGCAGCUGACGGUUAUUGAUAGGAAGUUGGAUUAUUUGUGUAAGGCAUCAUCAGGCAAGCGGCGCUCCGGAUCUUGGCGGCGGCGGUCGUCGCCCGCGCAGCCCGCACCGGAUCCCAUCGACAUUUUCUUCAACAGCAUGUGCCAGACCACCAAGCGGUUCCCGUAUCCUGCGCAAAUCAAGAUAAAACGGGUGCUGUUCGAUGCAGUGCUGGCGGCUGAGGAGGCGCUGUUAGCCGAGCAACAGAACUACGCGAGCCUGUGGGCCCGGGCGGCCUCGUCGUCCAGCAGCGAGGCCGAGUCGAAGGCCGACCCCUCCUGAGCGCGCCGACGCCAGUACCGCCGCUACCAGCGGUACUACUGGUACCAGUACGCUUAUAUGCGUACGGAGUGAAGACUGAAACAUAGCCUAUGAAACGUUCUCAUACAACUUUAUUAUUUUUAAGCACAUUUUUUGGCUUUUGUGUUAUGUGCGUCGCCGACAAAGUCUGGAAAGAGCCGAUUUUUAUUUUGUUCUCAAUUUUUAUUCGUUAAGUUCCGACAUAAUUUGGCUUGUUUGAAGAGUUUUUUAUUCUGUGGAGGAAUACAACUUGUCACAAUUUGUCACAAAAAAACCCGGUGAAUGAUUAAAAUACCGUAUUAUUUCUAACUCAGUGAAACAUUUUUUGAAAUACGAUGAAAUUUCUAUUACAUUGUAUCUCUUGUAUUUUAGUUUGUAUAGAAUAGGGAACUUUACGAGUAUCUAUCCACCAAAACUUAUCGAGAUGUACUAAAAAUUGUUGACAAUUAAGUAAAAAUCGGCCCUAAAUAACUUCGUAAACCUAGUUUUAAUAUCCUCUAUAUUUGUUCUUUUACACUUGAGUUCUGAGAUUGGUGACUAAAGUUUUUUUUUACUAACAAUAGUACUUAACAAUAAGAUCUUGUAAUGUAAACGCCAAAUACACUUUUAAGGUAAGAAUUAGAUAUUUUCGAAAAGGUUUCGUUGCUUUAAGUGUACAUACGAGUAUAUAUAUCUCUACGAUUUGUGGCCAAGCCAGGGAAACAUUUAUCGCCGACGGUUUAAAAAAAUAAUUUAAUUAGAAUUUAUAUGCAUACAAUUACUAUUGAUAUAUAAUUGGAUUUCGCCUCCUUAAAAUUUUGAUUAUUUCUACGAAUAUAUAUUUUUUAAUUUAAGAAAUAAUGUUUUAUCAAGGAAAAUAAGUUAAGUAUCAUUUAUAUGUAUGUAGUGUGAUUGAAACAAAAAUAAGGAUUAAGUACCUAUCUCCUGAAUUAAAAUUUAAAUAAUUAAUUAAAAAAAAUGGCAGGUAGCUAUUAAAGUAUUCUCUCUUAGCAUAGCGAACAUUACGGACAAUAUUUUAGCAAAAAUGGCGUAAGACCAAUAAAUAUUUUAUGCGAGUAAAAAUUAAACCGUGAAGGACUGACUGGUCGUGAACUAUUAGGUUAGUGCUAUUUUAUAAUAAUUGAUGAUGGCAUUGGCAGUAUCUGAUUAUGAUUACCAGUAAGCAGUAUUGUACAAUCACUUAGUUAAGCACAUUUGAUACCUGGAUUUCUUAACGAUCUCAAAUUUAAUUGUAUGUAAAUGUACCAGUAAUUGACACAGUACGUAUAACAACAGAAUAUGUAGAAGCCAAAACUUAUAUAAACAAAAAAAUAAUCCUUCAAAGUCAAUAAUCCUUGAACAUUAUAUUAGCAUCAAGCACUGGUACAUCAGGUAUCUACAGACCCUAAAUUUUACUUUAUUUUUAAGCAUUCUUAAAAAAAAAGCGAUGUCAAUCACUGGAACGCUUACCCUUUAUUUUGUGUACCUGUUGUACAGUGAAUUGUAAUAGUAAAGUAAAGGAAUUGAAUAAAAAGUGAAGCGAG